CAAAUCUUUAGAGGAAUCCAUUUUUGAAGCUGCUUGCUGGGAGCAAGGACCUCCCCCCUGUAGUUGGGAUGUUCCAGGAAGCAAUAAGCACCCACGUGAAAAUAGCUCCAGUCCCUCUCCUUAAUCCUCAGCCUAUCCUUUUAUCCGAUGGCAUCAGCCAGAGAGGAAGGAGGGGGAAGGGAAGCUUCCAUAGCUGGACUGAAAGGACUGUGAGUUCAAGGGAUGGAUCCGACCCAGGGGAAGAUACACUAGGGGACAAGGGCCCCUCUGUCCCAGGCUAGAAACUGGGAAGCUGGAGCCAUGUGGGUGGCCAUGGGAGUACUCUGGUGCCUGGUCCUCAGGAGUCUUCCCCAAGCUCUUGGCUCCUGCCCCUCCCAAUGUAGCUGUAGUCUACACAGCCUCAGCGACGGCACCAAAAACAGGGCAGUUGUGUGCAAUGAUCCCGAGAUGACGCUCCCUCCCAUGAUGAUCCCAUCAGACACCUCCAAGCUCCGCAUAGAGAAGACGUCCAUCAGGAGAGUGCCAGGCGAUGCUCUCCACCACCUCACUCGCCUCGAGUAUCUGUGGCUGCCCUAUAAUUCCAUGACCAGCAUCAGUUCUGUCAUGCUGCGGGGCUUACGGCGCCUUCAGGAGCUUCGCCUCCCUGGGAAUUACUUGGUGUCCUUCCCCUGGGGAGCUCUUGGGGAUACCCCACAGCUACGGCUACUUGAUCUUCAUGCAAACCGCCUCUCAGCUGUGUCUGCAGAGGCUGCCCGCUAUGCAAGGAACCUUACUUUUCUGGACCUCUCCAGCAAUCAGCUGAUGCGUCUCCCCCAGCAACUCCUCACCACCUGGUCUCAUCUGCAGGCUGGUCCUUAUUCCCCCGGGGAAAACUCCAAGAUCAUCUUGGGUCUUCAGGACAAUCCCUGGAUGUGUGACUGUAGCCUGUAUGAUAUGGUCCAGAUCCUAAACUUCCCAACUCCAAAUAUGGCCUUCAUUGAUCCAAGGCUGAAAUGUUCUACUCCUUGGAGCCUGGCUGGAGUUGCCUUCAGCCAGCUGGAACUCAGGAAAUGCCAGCGUCCUGAGGUUUAUACUUCGGUGGCCAAGGUCAAAACCCUUCUGGGUAGCACUGUGUUCCUGCGCUGUGGGGCCACUGGGGUACCCAGUCCAGAGCUCAGCUGGAGGAGAGCUGAUGGGCAUCAGCUCAAUGGGACAGUGCAUCAAGAAUCCUCCAAUGAUGGCAUGAGUUGGUCUCUUCUGGGUUUGCCCGACGUGUCCCACCAUGACUCUGGAGAGUAUGUCUGCAAAGCCAAAAAUUCUUUGGGGGCCACUGAAGCAUUCGUCUCCCUCAUCAUCACCGAGUCCCAGACCACUGCUGAGCCCCCAGGGUCCACAACUAGGCUGUGGCCAGGAAAGUCUGAGGGAGCAGAAGCUGCUGCUUACAAUGAGCUAGUGGCCAGGUAUGCCUCCACUACCUCCAGACCAUCUUCUCUGGUGGCCAGACCCACCCUCCCCAGCUAUGAGAAGAAUCCUGCUCUCCAACAUUUCCACAUGAAUGCCUUGGGAGAACUUUCUGUGGGGAGCCCUGGAGCAGAGCAGGCUGAUAGAGCCAAGGACCUACCAUUAAAUCAUCUGGAGCCAACCCAAAUGGUGAGAUCAGUUAAGGUGGUGGGGGAUACUUACCACAGUGUGACCUUGGUGUGGAAAGCCCCCCAGGCUGGAAAUACCACCAUGUUCAGUGUACUCUAUGCCAUCUUUGGGGAGAAGGACAUGAAGAGGGUCAGUGUAGAUCCUGGGAAAACCAAGGUCACUAUUGAGGGUCUUAUGCCAAAAACCAAGUAUGUAGCUUGUGUCUGUGUGCGUGGCUUGGUCCCCAAGAAGGAGCAGUGUAUCAUCUUCUCCACCGAUGAGGUGGUUGAUGCUGAAGGCACCCAGAGACUGAUCAAUGUUGUGGUGAUUACCAUAGCGGGUAUCAUCGCUGUGCCCUUGACUUUGCUUGUCUGUUGUGGGUCCCUAAAGCGACGUUACCAGAAGUUUCGGUUGAGGAAGAAUGAAGAGACUCAGAGCUCCUAUGUCACAUUUGAGAGACUGAGCCCUGGUGAAGAUGGAGUGGAAGAUUCAGCAAAGGACAGCCCCGAGGAGGGAGACAGGCUGCUCUCGUCACGGUCUAGCAUGGAUUCACACGCACCAUCCAAGGUAGAAGGACAAGCCAAUGAGUACUUCUGCUGAGAGAAGCUCCAAUAAUUACUUGUGGCUUAUAUAAACACUCUUUUCCACACACUUGUGUUUACAGACUCACACCCAACUUUUCAUACCCUUGCACUCUUAUAUCCUCAAAUGCACACGUGUUCUCAUGAACUCAUAUGAAAGCACGCUUACACACUGCGUUUCUCUUUUCCUUGCUUUCUGUCUCCCCCUUUUGUACAUGCACACACACACAUCCCACUUGUCAUACUCACAUGUGUGCUUUUUUCCUUGCAGAUUGUCUUUCAAAUUCUGAUAGAUUCCAAGAGAUUUUGGUAAAUCUCAUGAAAUAUGAACUCUUGACUUAGAGAAUAUUAAGUCUAGAGGAGACCUUGGCCUUACAGCUGACUUACAUUUAGUUUUAGAUCAGAAUCUCAUUUUUUUAAAAAAGAAGAUUCCACAUCCACCCUUGGUGACCCUUUCCAUUGUUUACAAGGGCAUUUUCAGUGUAAACAGAUUCUCCCUGAUGUCUAGCCCAAAUCCAGCGGGUUGCACUGUAAGCCCAUUUUCUUCUUGCAUCUUCCCUGGAGAUGAAGAACAGCUGAUUAUAUCUCUCAAUCUAAUAACCCUUAUAUCUGCUGGCAUUCAUUUUGGAAUUCCAAAAAAGGGUUGGUAAGCCUGAUAUCAAUGAGGUAAGUCACACUCCUCCAAGCUGAGCUGCAGGCUUAUGGUUUCCAUGUGACUUGGAGCUAUGGCUCAUCGAUGGCAGCUCCAUAAUUGAUAGGAGCAUCCCACACAGAAGUUACCUUGUACUAGCUAUACAAGACUAAUGGACUGUGUGGGACAUAAGCUGGGGUGUUCAGGGCUGAGCCUUUGAGGGACAGCCAGGAAAAUGCUCAGACAACCAGGGAAUUCAAAGAAGCCAUUUUUUAUUGUUACGUGUCAAAUAAAAUAAUUCUUUGCAGGGCACUGAACCUUCUGCUGAGGUUAAUGAUUCUUUAUUUGAAUAAUACUUUUCAGUAAACAAGACUCCUUCAUCUACAUUAAGUUCUUUGGUCCUCCUAACAAACCUGAAUAAUUAGGCAGAA